UGUGUAUAAUAUUGGCAAGGCCUCUUCCUGCCUUGUAGGAAACUACCCGGAGAACAACAAGAGGCCAACAGCCGACACCACCACCCCAUUCCCAUCUACGCCAGGGGAACUCCCCGUAGAUUGUGGGGACAAAGCAUUAAUGCGCAGAAUCAGCUGGGCGUCUAUCCAAGGAAGAAAAUUAUCUCUGCUGACCAGAAAUGCUGCUGGUCCCUUCCUUGAGUGAUUUCUUCUUCUUUCUUUUUACUGAAAUCUUCCAAAGUUUGUGGGCCUCACCAGAAGAUCCGCCUGGUUCCUCCUUUGUAAUCAUUCAUCUUUGUCUUUGAAAGCUAUCUUUCAAAGUAGAGACUACAAUUGUUCAUGAGCUUAUUUGGCUUCGAAACCUUCGCCAUUGCGGCUUUGAAAAGCUCCUGUCCGCCUCAACCGGGACCUUUCCUCCAUUAUAUGUGGCCGUUGCCUUCUGCGAAGCGUUAGCCGCCAAAAUGGCUACCGAACUGAGGGCUGGAGGAGCCGCCUUUCUCUCCUUGCAGAAUGUUCUGGGACACCCCCCAAAAAAGCCUGAGGAGGAAGCCCAAGUGCGGGCUCUAGACGCGGAUGGGGAACGGACGGUCCCUCGGGUCAUUCAGGUUGGCACCAUCGGAGAAUUUCUAGGCUGGAUGCCUCCCCAAGAGAUAAUCCAAGGAUCAGAAGAAGGUUUGGCUCAACGCUGGGAGACCCAGUGGCAGGAAGUCUUGAAGGCAGUCCAGCCUCGUCCUCCUGGGUUGGGGACUCCACACCAGACAAAACCUUUCCCCUGGGACUCCUGCGAGUCCGUCCCCAACACCAGCCAGUGGUCGAAUGGAGAAAGUGUUCCUCAGUUCUUGGUGGUCAACAACGGAGAGUUACGUCCUCGGAUCCUUUAUGGUCCAGGGGUGGAAGAAAACAGGCCGAUGAAGCACUUACUUGUGGACCAAGAGGCUCUCUUGACCGAGGCACAGCGCCAACGUUUUAGGCAGUACAGUUACCAAGAAGCUGAAGAGCCUCAAGAGGUUUGCAAGAGACUCCGGGAAUUUUGCCGGCAAUGGCUGAUGCCAGAGAAACACUCCAAAGAGCAGAUCCUGGAACUGGUGAUCUUGGAGCAAUUCCUGGCCAUCCUCCCUCCAGAGAUGCAGGGCUGGGUCAGAGUCCGUUGUCCUCAGACUUGCUCCCAGGCUGUGGGCCUCGCAGAAGAGUUCCUCAGGAGUCAGAAGCAAGAGAUUAAGGUAACACUGGUCUACACCAGUGGUGGGUUCUGGCCGGUAUGACCCGGUACAAGUGUACCGUUGCCUGCUGGGAGC